UUUGAUUCGUGUUUUUUCGCGCUCUUUGCUCUGCCAAAUUGUUCGUUUCGCUUCCGAAUAUUUGAAACGCGCAAUCCUGGGAUGGGGGACCACCGGGUGAAAUAUCAUCGCGAUUAAACGACACUUGAAUUUAACGGUUCACAGUUGCAAAACUUGCGCGGCUUUCGCGCAACCAACUUCAGACGAUGCAGCUUGAGUUUACUAAAGAGUAGACUUCAUAUAUGGGCAACGGAGUGCGAUCGAGGUACGGACACACUCGGAGGUUCUUACGCGAUUGCGUACGCACUACGCCCCGUGGUAGCGCCAGUCAUGAAUUUCCAUUGAUUUCCUCUGGAGUAGUGCCGAAUUUGCGCAGGUUGCCAACGGCGCAACCUCCCGUCGAUUCUAUCUCGUAUCAUGGCUCUACGUCGUGGAAAACGCAAUCUAAAACUACAGGUCUCCGAAGAUGCACCUGCACCAGUAACACCGCCAAGAAAUUUAGACAAACGGACUACCAUUACUAUAGACGAAAAGACGUUUGUAGUAGAAGCUGACGACUUGGAGACACUUUGUGUACUUGGCCGUGGAGCAUACGGAAUUGUUGAUAAAAUGCGACACAAGCAGAGUGGCACAAUUAUGGCUGUUAAGAGGAUAGCUGCUACUGUAAAUACACAAGAGCAAAAGCGGCUGCUGAUGGAUCUGGAUAUUUCUAUGCGCAGCUCAGCGUGUCCCUACACAGUACAGUUUUACGGAGCCUUGUUCCGAGAGGGAGACGUAUGGAUAUGUAUGGAAGUGAUGGACAUGAGCCUCGAUAAAUUUUACACAAAAGUAUACAAACAUGGUCGUGCUAUUCCUGAAGAUAUCUUAGGAAAAGUGGCUUUUGCGGUAGUAAGCGCGUUACAUUACCUCUAUUCACAAUUACGGGUGAUUCAUAGAGACGUAAAGCCUAGCAAUAUCUUAAUUAAUCGGAAGGGCGAGGUGAAAAUUUGUGACUUUGGUAUAUCGGGUUAUCUUGUGGAUUCCGUUGCCAAGACUAUCGACGCCGGAUGCAAACCGUAUAUGGCUCCGGAAAGGAUAGACCCAACGGGCAACCCAUCGCAAUACGAUAUCAGAUCCGAUGUCUGGUCGCUAGGGAUUUCCCUGGUUGAAUUAGCGACUGGUAAAUUUCCAUACGAGACAUGGGGUACGCCGUUCGAGCAACUGAAACAGGUGGUGAAGGACGAUGCCCCAAAAUUGCCAGCUGGCAAGUUCUCCCCCUCGUUCGAGGAGUUUAUCAAUAAGUGUCUGUUAAAGAACUACACUGCCCGUCCAAAUUACAGCCAAUUGCUGGAACUCGACUUUAUCAGAGAACACGCCGAGAAAGAUACAAAUGUGGCCGAAUUUGUCGGAGAGAUUUUAGAUUUACCAGAAAACGAACAGCCGGUAUAGUGCAUGCGUCGCUUUGACGUAGCUUGCAGUAUAAUUUGACUUGUAACUUGUAUGUUUUUUUUUUGCAAGACAGUCAUUGCUAUGUGUAAUUUAUAUUAUUGCGUGUCACAGCGCGAGACAACUGAUUAUUCCUUUAUUUAUCGUCCUCUUCAUUAAGUUUUUCUUUCUUUCUUUUUUUAUUAAUUUCGUCUGAUAGCAUUUAUAAGUUUGAUAGAGAGCAACUGUCUCUACUCCAAUCCUAAUCUCGUCACUUGGAGGCAAACGUGGUGAAAAUAAUACACGGAUGUUUUUCUACGUGAUACAAGUUUGUGGCAUUGUGGUAACAGUAAUAACGAAAAGAUGAGUAAAGCCUUAACGAUAUAUCUCGAUGAGAUGUGUGCGCGUCUUUUUAAAAACAUAGGUUAGAAGACCAAUUUAUAUAUAUAUGUAAUAUAUAUAUAUGUGUAAAACACUAGAUUGUACAUAGUAAUCAAAUGUGCGUAAUCAAAGUUGUAUUUGUUUAGGAAGCAACUCAAUUUAUUAGUAAUCAAUUGUAACGAUUAUAUUAGCGAUAGAAAUAGAAUUUUGUGUGACACUGGAUUUCGUAUAUACGUACGCACACACACACACACGAGUAUAAAAUUAAUAUUACGUAUAGUGGGAAUCUUGUAAAAUCCUUAAUAAUUUCGUUUUCUACGCACGAUCCAGCGCUGUAGAGUGGUGAAAAUUAAUCUGAAAUAAACGAUUGUUUCAAGAGUACAAA